CUUCUUGCGGCUGUACGCCCCCUCCCCCUCCCCGCGGUACCUUGCACUUUUCUCCUUCCCUGCCCCUCCCUAGUCCCUUUCGAGCCUUCUGCCCCUGAUCGCUUGGCCUUGCUUCGCAGUCGUCUGCUGCUGUAGACAGGAGGAAAGAUGAAUGGGAGGGCUGAUUUUCAAGAGCCGAGUGCAGAAGUUCCAAGACCAAUUACCCACAUAGGGCCUGAUUACAUUCCAACAGAGGAAGAAAGGAGACUCUUCGCAGAAUGCAGUGAUGAAAGCUUCUGGUUCAGAUCUGUGCCUUUGGCUGCAACAAGUAUGUUGAUUACUCAAGGAUUAAUUAGUAAAGGAAUACUUUCAAGUCAUCCCAAAUAUGGUUCAAUCCCUAAACUUAUAUUUGCUUGUAUCAUGGGAUACUUUGCUGGAAAACUUUCUUAUGUGAAAACUUGCCAAGAGAAAUUCAGGAAUCUUGAAAAUUCCCCCCUUGGAGAAGCUUUACGAUUGGCACAAGCACGACGACGAUCUUCACCACCUGGGCACUAUUAUCAAAAGUCAAAAUAUGACUCAAAUGUGAGUGGUCAAUCAUCUUUUGGGACAUCCCCAGCAGCAGACAACAUAGAAAUGCUUCCUCAUUAUGAGCCAAUUCCAUUCAGUUCUUCUGUGAAUGAAUCUGCUCCCACUGGUAUUACUGAUCAUAUUGUCCAAGGACCAGAUCCCAACCUUGAAGAAAGUCCUAAAAGAAAAAAAUUUACAUAUGAGGAAUUAAGGAAUAAGAACAGAGAGUCAUAUGAAGUAUCUUUAACACAAAAGACUGACCCCUCAGUCAGGCCUAUGCAUGAAAGAGUGCCAAAAAAAGAAGUCAAAGUAAACAAAUAUGGAGAUACUUGGGAUGAGUGAAAAAUUACAUCAUUGGAUCUACUGAAGAAGUUUCAAUAUCCAGCUUCAUCUAGGUGGUCAUGAAUACCUGCAUGCUUUGAGCUCAGCAGCAGUCUUCAUAAACACAUUUAAAACAAAAUCCUGGGUGUUUUUUUGUGGUUUGACUUCUCUGGUGUUUUUAAAAAACACAGAUUUUUAGUGUUAAUGUUGUAUGAAAUGUUCUCACCUUGGGGAUUCAUUUGAAUGAUGGUAUCAUGCCAUGAUUGUAUACAGUUUGUGAAAUUGUUGCAAGGGCAAAGAUACUUUAUAAAACCAUCAAGAGAUUAUAGUGCUCUAGAAUCAACAUAUAUGAAUAUAAAUGAUAGCUGCAUGUUGAGUUGGGGUGGGGGGAAGCAAGCAUAAUUUUUAAGUGUGAAGCUUUACAUCAAGAAAUUAUUAAAAAGCUUUAUUUCUCCAGUAUUUGCUGUAUUAUCUUAAUGUUUAUGACAAAUAAAAUGUAAAGGAACAUGCAA